CUUAAAAAUCGAAAAUAACUCUGUCAUCUUGGAAAGUAUUGACUUAUUCGCUUUAUAUCGAAUUGUCCAUUGAGAACUUGUGACUCCUUUGUAAAAGGUGUCUUUUAGCAAACCCUCCAAGGCGUAGAGACGCAAUGCGCCCAUUAGAUCCCAAAUAGGGGCUUCGUAGCAUCCCGAGGCAGGAUUCCGCCGGGAGCGAAUGGUUCCCAGGGAUGAGCGCGGUGGCGGAGGCCGAGGCGACGGACGCGUGACCACAUCGCCUUCUUUUAGCCCUGGCCGCUCCAGGAUGGCUGCGUGGAUGUGGCACAAGUUUUCGAGCUGGUUCUGGAACCCUGAUGUGUGGCUGCCCCCGAACUACAACUGGGAAGACCUCGUGCCCAACGACAAGAUUCGCUAUGCUAACUGGAGUGAUCUGUGGACGUAUCCAAUUUUCAUGGCAUUUUUAGCAAUUGGCCUCCGGUUUUUGGUGCUCAAUAAGUUUGUCUAUCGACAUAUAGCUCAGGCAGUAGGCCUGAGAGAUGUAAAGCCUCGUCCUGUGGUGCCUAAUGAGACUCUAGAACAAUUAUUCCUUCGAAGCAAAAAGCAACCACCAGAAAAUGAAAUUUUUCAAUGUGCAAAACAAUUGCAGUGGACAGAACGCAAAGUAGAAAGAUGGUUACGGCAGAGGCAGGCCAUGACUCGUGUCAAUAAGUUCACCAAGUUUAUGGAGUGUGCCUGGCAAUGUACAUAUUAUACCUUCAUCUUUUUCUAUGGAUUAUAUGUGAUGUCAGAUAAGUCUUGGCUCUGGGAUAUCCGCAAUUGUUGGUAUGAAUACCCCAACCACAGUGUUGAUAUUGAUGUCUGGUGGUACUAUAUGAUAUCCCUCUCCUUCUAUUGGUCCAUGACCUUCACUCAUUUCUUUGAAGCCAAGCGCAAAGAUUUUUGGCAGAUGUUUAUCCAUCACAUGGUCACCAUUGCACUCAUCACUUUCUCUUGGACCUGCAACCUAACACGGAUUGGAACAUUAGUCCUCAUUGUCCAUGACUGUGCUGAUAUCCCCCUCCAGUUGGCAAAAAUGAGCAUCUAUUCAGGGCACAAGGCUUUCUGUGAUACAGUCUUUGCCAUCUUUGCUGUUUUGUGGAUCAUUACACGUGUUGGAAUAUACCCACUCUGGAUUGUAUACAGCACUGCCAUUGAAGCACCAACAAUUUUGCCCAUGUUCCCUGCCUAUUACAUAUUUAACUCUCUACUCAUUGCUCUUUUGUUGUUGCAUAUUUAUUGGACAUACUUGAUUUUACGCAUCAUAGCAACAACAAUUACCAAGGGCAAUAUUGAAGACAACCGAUCAUCCUCAGAUCCUUCAGAAGUGUCUGAAGACAAUGAAGAAGAGAAGAAGCAGAAUUAACAGUUGAGAUAAGAAAGGACAACUAAAGUGGGCCAUAAUCAAACCUGUCAGAUUAUGUAAGAUUACAUUUGAUUUGAAUCUCAUCCUUCAAAUAAGGCAUAAUUGUCAUAUAUGCAAAUAACAAGUUGAAAAAUUUAUAAUGAAGUUUAUAUUGAAAUACUGGUCACUAAUAUAUUUUAUGGAUAUGUUUUUACAUCUUUGUAGGAUUCUCAGUAGAAUGACAUUGAUAUCUAUCAAAAUAUUUUUAUUGAUGAUAGUCACAUGGCAAAUUUCACAUUAUGCUAUAUACAUAUGUCUGGAAGCAUCAUAUAAUACAAUUUAUAAAAAUGUGGUUGGUAUAGUCUCACUAUUUCCACUUUGGGUUGAAUAAUAUGGGUAUGUAGACAAGUAGGAAAAAAAUAGAAAGUAGAUACCUAAUUUAUUUAUGAAUACAUAUAGAUAUUUUUUGAAAAAGGAGGAUUAGCUGAGGUGGAUUAUGAAGGCACUUCAGUACUACAUAAGAAAAUUGAAUAUAUGUAAAUGUGUAUAUCUGAGGAAUCUCAUUCACCAAGCAAAGGAAAGUUCAAUUUGUAAUAUCUCAUUUGUAAAAGUGCCUUUCAUAAAUCACACAUUGAGAAAAUUAUAGGUAUAAUUCCCGGUUUCAUAAAUUGGGCUAAAAAUGUUUCUGAUAUAGCAGAUUACAAAUGUAUAACAUGAGGUUGCUGAAGGCUUCCUUUAAAAUGUUUGUCACAAAUUGUAUGAUAUAAAGUUGAUCAACUUGUUAUUCUUUCACAGUGCAUUGAAUGCAUUAGCAAAGAGAAGAAUGUUCAUUGAAUAAGAACUGGUUGAUAAAAGCAAUUAUAUUUUACUACUGUGAUGCAGCUGUUGGUUACAGUCAUCUGCUCUUUUUUUAUCUUCACAUAAGUUUAUUGAUAGAUGCAAUCAGAAGUCCUUUUUAAAAGACAUUUCACACAUGAACACAACUUUUGAAGAAAAGACACUUUUGAGAAGUUGCAGAUUUAUUCCUACAACAAAGAGAGAAGCUUAGGUAGUGUGAUAGUUGGAAGGAUUAAUUUGUCUGAGAAACCAGAAACUCCUGAUGAUUGCUAAGCAGUUUUUCAUGGAGUGAACUUGGGACCAGUGAACUUAGUGCAAUUGUUCUAAUCACAAAAAUAAACCCAGGUGAACUAGAGGGUAACGUUGCUGAUCUAGAAGAACAUUGCCCAAGUGAACCUCAAGCUACUA